AUGGGUCAGAAUGACUCGGCCCUCGAGAAGAGGUUGAUACGAAAGUUGGACUUCUUCAUUGUUGCAUAUUGCUGCCUCUGCUAUUUCCUCAACUACCUUGAUAGAAAUGCUCUUGCCAAUGCCUACGUGGCUGGGAUGAAGGAAAGUCUCAAUCUGAAGCAGAAUGACUACAGCUCCCUGCUUUCCAUCUUCACAGCAGGACUGCUCACUGGAAAUAUUCCCCAUGCUCUGAUACUCCAGAAAGUACAGCCGCGAAUCUGGAUUCCAACAACUGUUCUUGUCUGGUCUGGUCUUACCAUGGCCUGUGCUGGCUGUCACAACUUUGCCCAGAUCGCCACGGUUCGCUUCCUGCAGGGGUGGUUCGAAGGGAGUCUCUAUUGCGGCGCCAUUUUUAUCGUUGGAUCCUGUAAAGCCGACGAGAUCUCCGUCCGAACGUCCAUAUUCACUUCGGUUGGACAAGUGGGUUCAAUGUUCGCUGGUAUCAUGAUGACGGCUAUGCGAACCUCAAUGGACGGACAUAGAGGCAUGGAAGGCUGGCGUUGGGUUUUUAUCGUGGAUGGUCUCAUGGGAGUCCCUGUGGGUAUCUUUGGCUUGCUCUUCCUGCCAAACACGCCUAAAUCAACCAAAAUGCCUUACCUUUCGAAAGAAGAGAUCGAACUUGCAAUCAGCCGUAUGCCACCUGUCGCUCGAGACAGUAAAAAGAUCAACCCCAGGUCGUUAGCUAAACGAGUCUUAAAGACUCCAAACAUAUAUAUCUUGACCGCAUUUUCGAUAUUUUCCGCCAUGACCGAGGGUUGUUUUCUGCUCUGGAUGAGACAUUAUCAAGACAAAUAUUCAAAGGCAGCGGUAAACACAUACCCUCUUGGCAUUCAGGCUGUUGCAAUCGUGUCCAUGAUUGUUGCGGGGGCAUACGUGGACAGAACGAAGAAUUACGUCGUGGUCGGGAUCGUCUCUGGCCUCUUACAAAUGUUGUCUGGAGCGAUGUUGGUCGUCCCCUCGCUCCCGGAUGCCGGAACCUUCUUCGCCAUGUAUCUCAGCGGAACGUCUUUUGUCGUCAACCCACUUCUGUACGGCUGGGGUGGUGUCAUCACUCGAAGAAAUGGCGACGAGGCAGCACGCGCUGUCACCCUCUACACCAUGAGCACCGGUGGUCUUCUUCUUUACACGUUUUGGGGUAUCGUACUUUAUCCCGCAUCCGACGCACCAUAUUGGAAGAAAGGUGCCAUUACCCUCAUGGUUGCAGUGCUUGGAUUUUGGACCAUAUUGUACUGGGUCAAUUGGCUUGACAAACGUACUCAAAAACUUCUCGAGGAUAAGGAGGCGGAGGUUGAUGUGGUUGUUUCAGAGACACAAGUGAUCGAAACCAAAGUUGCCUAG